AUGUACGUGAUAAAUAUAACGGACAGUGUGCCAGGUCCGAUCUUGACCUCAGACACGUAUGAGAUUCUCAUGUUGGUUCAAUUAGUUCCUCUGUUUUUAAUUAGCCUGUUGGGCGUGGUCACUAAUGUAAUUAACAUUCUAGUGUUUACCAAACAGGGAGUGACAUCUGACAGCACCACGCUGUCACUAUUUGCACUGACGCUGUCAGACCUAUUGGCAUGUGUCUUCAUGCUGCCGCACCCCCUGUGCUUCGUCCUACAGAGGUUCGUGGUAUCCAGGGAGCUUUUGAUACGUAACUGCUUGGUGCUUAGCACAAUGUCCGCCACCUACCCGCACAUCUUGUGCACGCAGAUCGCGUGUUGGAUCACGGUCUACAUCUCCGUGGAGAGAGCUGUAAGCGUUCUCUUCCCUCUUCAAGUCAAACUCCUCAUCAAAUACAAAAACACCGCUGCCGUUCUGAUGUUCAUCUACGGCGCAGAAAUUGUGGGCCACGUCCCCUAUCUGGUGAACAGCCCCAUCCUUUGGAUUCGUGAUGCCUCUAAGAACGACACACUGAUGGCGAUAAACUACCAAACUCCGUUAGGCGUUUCCUUGUACGCGUACAGCAAUCUCAUCGAAUCUAAUAUUUUGAUUACUGUUGCUAUGCUUAUUAUCACCGGUUCAACCUUAGCGACACUAGAACGCAUACGAACAUCCAGCGCUUGGCGGAAUACCAUGAGAAGCAAUGUUAAACUCUCAAAGGCGCAGUCACUACAAUCUACUGCUGAGAUCAAAUCUGAGAUUGUAGGACCGGACAAGAUUACCACAAAAGACAAAGAGACUGUCAAGAUGGUAGCGUCGGUGACGUGUUGUCUAUUGGUAUGUCUGGCCUGCUUUCAGAUCCCAGGCCUAGCGAUGUACGCGAUCCCAGAGUUCUCGCUAGCCGGAUAUAACAAAGACAUUUUUCAGGUGUUCUAUACUUUUAAAUUUAUUUUAGACACUCUCAGCGCCUCAAUCAAUUUCUUCUUCUAUGUGAAUCAAAGCUCAAGAUUUCGAAAAACAUACAACUCAAUAAUUCCACAGUUGAAAAGAUGA